GCUGCGUAUCUGUGAGCAGAACCUCACUGUACAGCGGGAAUGCAGAUGCGCCGGAUGCCAAGACUGGCUCCGCCGCUGAGCGAGCACCUGCAUGAGUGCGAGCACGUCUGUGCUUGUGUCAAGAGGGCAACUCCCACGAAAGCGGCCUGGUCGCUGCCAACAUCAGGAAAUGCACGUGGGUUUAGCGAUGAAACACGACACUGGGGCAGAAAACUAGACCAGCGCGGUGUCAGAGUCUGGAUCCGAGGUUGCCCAAGAGGCGUCACCCAGGCGUCUUCCCCACCUUUACCGCCUCCCACCCUACGACGUCCCUCUAUAUCCCACGAGCCCUCUCAUACACGAUGCUCCGCGCUCGUAGGUCCUCCAUCGCCCCAGCCCAUGACGCCAUCCCACGCGCGUCGUUCCCAGACUCAUGACGUCACCACGCGCGUCGCCCUCUACACUUCGCGGACGCCGUCCCACGCACGUCGCUCCCUACCCCCUAUCUUCCCACGUCUCAACACGACGCCCUCUUCACGUGGUUCCUUCCAUUCCCCCGUGUCCUCCCACGGACGUCGUCCCCCACCUGCACUCCCACCCCACACUACGGCCGGCGCUGCCGGGAAAACGCCGAGACCGCGGACGCGGACGUGGGUGGAGCUGAGAGCAAAACUAUCCAUUUCCAGAAAGAAAAAUUUAGAUGUCGGUUGUUGCGUAGGGUGAAAUGCAAGAAAUGAAGAAAGCAAAAUCGUUUGUAUGGCGAUUCCAUGAAGGGCUCUUCAGGUCGUUGGAUCUAAAGCUGGAAGACAGAGCCCUUCGGGCUUUGCUUGGACACUUGUCCCCUGCUCCAUUUUCAUUCCUCACACCGUUUUAUUUUAUAUGAAUUUGAGACGGAGAAAAAAGAAACCAGUGUGGGUAAAAAUAGUUGACACAGUUAACACAAAACCACUGAGUGUGAUGGUCUAUUUAAAAUAAAGGAGACAUUUGUCU